AGGACCACGGCGCUGCAGACACGAGGCGAGUGGUGCCGAGCAGAGAGGAGAAGGGGAGCGAGACGGCCGCCACCACUUGAGUUGCUUGCCCGUCUGCCGGCUCCCUGGCGUUGCCGCGUGCCUGAGGGGUAGGCGCGGUGUGCGUGUCACGUACAUGGGAGAGGUGGCCUGACGAGCAAGCGACAAAUCUUUGCCUGGUGAGCCAAACGGCCGACUGAGCACUCUGAAGAGAGAGGGAGAGACCAGGAAGAUUGUGUUCUGGUUGUGCUUGUGUGUGCAGGUGCCUGAUUGUCUGUCUGAGUGUCUGUCUGAGUGUCAUCGAUGCUGAUGCCCUCUGACCACCCCAUUCUCAUGUGCCCGCCAUGUCCGGGGGGACCGACCGCCGUUGCAACGAGUAAGAAAAGUACGCGUGCACACACACAAACACAUGUAGCGUAUACCAGCCAGUCAGUCAGCACAGCAGGCAGGCAGCGCACUGCACCACUGUAUAAUUAUAUCUACUAUGUAUGGCUUACUGACUGUGUGGGCUUACAGCGGUGUGUAAGCCCUGUAUACACUCCCUGGGUGAGCUGAGCCGACGGGGAAACACCAACAAACGUAUUGAUUAUACAUCAGCCGUACUGUAUACCCACACAUCUAUAGUAGACAUUAUCAUAAGUGUUGUUUUCAUUCCGUGUCCGUAUCCAUAUCCCUCACACACACAUCACAUUCACACAGAUGGUCAGUGGAUUGCAGGCGUGUGUGCCCGUGUGCACGUGUCAGGUCGGUCGACGAGCCACAAGGCCCUCCAGACCACAGACACACUCAGCAUGACCAAGGCCGGCAAAGGUACGUGCCUCCGAAGACCUGACACGCGCAAACACUCGCCCACUGCCUGUCAACGCAUGGCGCAUUGUCGUGUGGUGUGUGUGCAGGUGAGUCUGGCAAGCUGGGUCCCUCCGGAGUUCCCCCUGCGCAGUGCCCCCCUCCCCCCCACUCCCCCGGCCCCGUCCCCAGACUCAUUUUCGGCACUUGCUGCACUUGCGAGGUCAGUCAGUCAGUCAGUCAGGAGACCACCGAUGAAGAGAUGCACAGAUGGUAAAUGGUGCUUGUUUGUUUGUUUGUUUGUUCGUGUCAGGACCAGCAAGAGAGGGACAGUCAGCUGAUUGUGGGCAAGGUGAGCGGGACCAAUGUCUGUGUGUAUGAUGUUGUGUGUGAUCCCGUGUGUGUGUUGCGUUUUAGGACAUGAGCGACCCCUCCAACCUCCCCCUCUACACACACCUACCCAUGCAGGAGUCACGGGCAAGGUGCGUCUGCGUGUAUAACGGGUGGAUGGAUGGAUGAUAUCAGCUCGCGCAGACAGACAGACAAUGCCCACCCCACACGAAGCUCACUAUCUCCGUGUGCCUUGUGUGUCGUGGUGCGUGGUGUGCAGGUAUACUGACCAGCAUCCAGGUGCGUCCUCCUCGUCACACAGCACACGAGUCUGUCGGGAUGAACAAUGUCCACCUGUGGUUGAUGUGGUUGAUUUGUCUGUCCCUGACAUCCCUCUGUCAGCGUCUCUGCUGGACCCGGCCAAGCUGAGAGCGGCGGUGGGGCAGGUGGCCAACAUGCCGGGUGAGAGUGAGCGGCAAGGCGGGGGACGGCAAGGGAGCACUUCCGCGUCCAUGAGAUAAGAUUUGCCUGUCGUGUGCGUGAUUCCUGUCUUCCCUGCAGGUCCUACGUUGGUUUUCAAGAACACCCACCUACCCACCUCCAGGGAUUCGCAAACACACAUGUGCGUCAAGUCCGCCACGACACGCAAUGCAAUACACCGCACACAAUACAAUACAAUACACGGCAUGUACCCAUCCAUGCCCACCUCGUCCAUCACAUCUGUUUGAACGAACAGGGUGUCGAAGAGCACGUCGUCUCGUGCGUCGACCGAGACUCAGCUGGCCUCACCGUCGAGCUACCGCGAGUCGUCGCUGCAUCCCCACCCCCCACCCACAUACACCCACAGACACCCACUGCUCGACGACAGCUGCUUCCCGGAGGAGGUAAAGGCGAUAGAUAGAUGAGUGGCCCAUCCGCACCUGUCAAUGUGCCUCCGUCAUGUGGUUGGGUUGCAUCAGAGCAAGCCAUCGGUCAUUUCGUCGCCCGUCAAGACGAUACAGGAGAAGGAGAAGCAGAUGUACGCACACACGCACAGGACGGCACACACCGGGGAGUUGAGUGGAUGCACGUGCUGGUCGUGUGCUGUGCGAACGUGUGUGUUAGGUCGCCUAGCCAGCAGACUGACCACGAGGACGACUACGAGGACGGUGCGAACACCACAAGAGACAGACAUCACAGACAGACGACACGACACACAUUCGCAUUGACGUGUGCGCGUGCAGAGGCCAACAAGAGGCGGAAACUGUAUCUGCAGCAGCUGGUGAAGGGGUUCGUGUCGACCGCUGCGUAUGGUGUUGAGGUUUUCGCUGUCGAUGUGGGCACGGGCGCCACGAGGGAGGGCAUCUACUCCAUCGACCGAGAGAUAUCGGUACGUCCGUCUGGUCUGUCUGUCUGCACUCACACAAGAAUAGUAUAGUGGAUGCCGUGCAUCAUGUCCAUCUCGCUUGGCUCCAGAAUUUUGCCCUGGAUCUGUUCGACCCCCCCACGAGACUCUGCACCAUACCGCUGCGACACGUACUGACUGACCGACACACACACUCACACAUACACGCGCAUUGGUGUUCAUCUAUCUCUCUUUCUGCGUGUGUGUGUGCUGGUUGUCCGGGUCAGAUUGACUCGAUCAAAUCCAUUGACCAGCUGCACGGCAGGGUGAGAUCGAACAGAGCGAAGCGAAAGAGAUACUUACGGACGUUGUGUGCGUGCCGUGCUGUGCUGUGUUGUGUGUGUCAAGACGAGGUGGGUGUUGGAUCAGAAUCUGUCAGCCAGCGAGAAGAGGGAACUGGUCGUCAUCGAGGUGACUCAACAGCACACGCACACACACACACACAGACGGACGUCUGCUUGACUGUGAUUGAUUUGCGUUUGCGCGUGUGUCAGUUUCGCGAGGGCGAGAACUGCUUGGCGCGGUGCGUCGGGUUGCUCUGCCCGCCACUCACACACUGGGUAAGGAAGCAACACACACUUUGAUUGACUGGCGUGACGUGUGCGUGUGUUUUGUCUUGAUUGACUGAUUCGAUUCAGUCGGGGACGUCUGCGCAUGCUCACGUCGAGGUGAGUGAGUCACAAUGAUUGAUUGCACAGAGAGAUGGAUGGACUAGGUUUGCUGUCUGUGUCCUUGUGCUUGUUGACUGACAGCCGUCGGGUAUGCUUGACGAGGAGACCCCAUCACCUCCCAGCGGCCGCAGCCCAUCGUAAUCAACACACACACACACACACACAUAGAGAGAGAGACACUUAUGGUCGGUGUGUGUCAGAACGACUGCGUCAGCGCAUCCGCAGUACAGCACGCCGUCAGGUAGGCGCUUGCAACAUACAGACACACAGCGGCAAACAGCGAAUGGUGUGUACCGCUCGCUGUGUUGUGUGUGUGCGCAGGUCAGGUGAUGCAGCAGCGGCCGCCCGACCGAGUGGAGGAGUUCAGGCGAUGCCUUUCCAUACUCAGGUACAGACACACGGAACAAGGCAAGGCAUCAGCCUCGCCCUCGCACAAAUGUGUCUGUGUGACCACACACAGGUUGUAUUCCUCCAAGUCCACGGCCGUCAGCCCUCUCAACAGACCGCUCGCGUGAUUAGGUGCGCACCUGUACCUGAAAUGAAUCAUGCACGCAGACAUCCACGCGCACCGGCCUGUGUCACUGUACGCAGACAAACGAGUUCCUUGGGGCCGGCCGGUUGUAUUACGUUUCUACUUUUACCGCCCGCCCCACAGAGAGCGAGGGAGAGCCGCGACAACCACCACUGCGACGAGAGAAAGGAACUUUUGGUUACCCGACUGGCCAGCUGACGUACACACAGACUCAUUCAUUGCGUAGGCACACACACCGGGUGGUUGGGGGGGGAUGUUGGGAUGGAUCGGUUGGUCGCAAGUUUCUUUUCUUUCCACCGAUGGGGGUGUCAAUGUAAGGGAUGGAUGGAUGGCCAGUAAUUGAUUUUCGUCUUGUGUCUCUACACACCCGUGUGUGUGUCUUUUCCUGUGAGCGAGCGAGCGAGUGUGUGUGUGCGUGCGUGCGUGUAUCCAUCUCACCCUCUCAUCAGCCACCUCACCUCAACCCUCUCCACCCACGCCAUCGUACCCCGCCUGACCUCACCCAAAUGGUCGACCCAUUGAGCUGCCUGGCUGCAUACGAUACGCAUUGUGUGUGGUGUUUUCUUCCCUCUCCUGCCUUGCUCUCGUCUCUCCUGAUUGCUGACUUGGUGCGUGUACAUAUGAUAUGCGUACAUACACGCGAAAUGGGUAGUGGUCUAUUGUUAAUACACACAUCCAUACGUACACACAUACGUACAUACGGACAGACACUGACUGAGUCACUGGCUGGCUGAGGGGCUUGUCUUUUUUCGUCGAUGUGUGUGGAUGCGCGCGCGCGUGUGUGUGUGUGUGUGUGAGCACAGAAUGAUGCAGAUGAGAGAGACACUGACGACCAUGGCAUGCAUGUAUGUAUGUCGUGUAAUUAGCGCCGUCCAUGUACGUAUGUAUGUAUGUAUCGUAGCGUACACAUGAGUACAUAUCAUGGGUAUACAUGCACAUAAUGGAUGGAUGGAUGGAUGUAUUUGCAUGCCCCCCCCCCUUCCCCCUCCCUUGUUUGCGUGCGUCCCUCCCGCUCGUCCAUCUGCCGGCCGUCUCCCUCUCCCGGCGUAUCCUCUCUCUAUCUCUCCCUCUCUGUCUGUCCGGAUGGUGUCGGUCUGUCUGUCGGUCUGCCGGUCGGUCGGUUUUGUCAACGCACUAGUGCUGCCAACAAAACAAACACCAGUCAGUGUAUACAUACUUGCAACAUAUGUAUAACCCUCCCUACGUGUGUGUGCGCGAGGUGGACCAAGUGUGCACACGUGUAUGAGGGCCAUUUUCUGGGCACUGCAGCCAAAGGAAUCGAUCGCACGCCAGCCAGCCAGCCAGCCAGCCAGCGAGCCAGCCGGGCAAGGCAGCCGUAGUCAGAACGAAUGCGCAUCGUAUGUGCACAGUGAAUGAGAGAGGGCGAUUUUAACCGUCUGUCCGUCGGUGUGUGUGUUGUGUGUGUGGCGAACCAUUUGCUUUCUGUGUGUUCGGUCCUUUUCCUUGCCCUCUGUGUGUGUGUGGGUGCAUACGACAUGUGUGUGCGUAUGCGCAUUUGAGAGCGUGAGCGACCCGCCUGUGUGUCCGUGUGUGUCUAUGUAGCUGUAUGUGUGCUCGUUUAUCCGACGUAUUUGUGCCAUUCGCCUGAUGACCUUCCUGCCUGCCUGCCAGAACGGAUGGAUGGAUGCUCGGUGAGGGAUUCCCAAGAGGUGUUUUGUGGAUAAUCAUAAGGCUGUCUGCUGCGGCUCCGUCGAUCGUAUCUUUCUAUGAAUAUGCAUGUAUACGUAUGUAAUGUAACAUGGCCCCUCUCUCUGUCUCUCUGUCUCUGUCUCUCUCCCCGUCUGUCUGCCUGCCUGCCUGCCUGCCUGCAGCAGCUGUUUUUGAACUCUCUCCCCUCUCUCGUAGGUACGUAUGCGUGGCCCCCUCCGUCCAUCAGUCCAUCCGUCCAUCCGUCCAUCCAUCUGGUGCCGCCUGUGUAUGUCUAUGUAAUCGGAUAGAUGAACGCCUUUAUAUAUCGCUGUGGUCCGUCCGUGUGCCUGAUUGACUGCGAUUUGGUUGGUGUUUUCUUCCUUCGUGUGUGCCUCUGCCUGCCUGCAGGCAUGCAUGUCGCAUGAAGAGCUGUCGGUCUAUGCGAUGCCUGCAUGCCUGCAUUCCUGCAUACGUACGGGACACACAUACGUACACAAUGCCAUUUGUUAACUUAACAGGGAGGGCGCUGAUGAUCUCGGGGGUUGGCGGGGCGGGAUGGUCUGGUCACUCACUGCUGUCUUUAUUUAUACUCCUAUCUACAAGCUGGCUGGCUGGCGGGCUGGCUGGCUUGCGACGGAUUGACGGACGAAGUGAGGGUGGGGGAUGGAGGGAGGGCUCGAAUGAAUAGCUUUCAACAGCCAAAGGGCUUCCACACCCAUGCAGCCAUUCAUUCUUGAUUGAUUGCGCACUGCAUGGUUGGCACGUCACGAUGUGCGUGUGCCCGGCAUUGCACGACAUUCAUUCGCUGUACGGCAGGGCGAGUGUGCGAGUGAUUAUUCGAUUGAUUAUUCGUUGAUAGCGGCCUUUUGUGGUUUACUAACUACCCACCAUAGCGCUCCUUUCCUUGCUUGUUUGCCGUCAAUGGUCUUUUUCUGGCGGGCGGGGCGGCGGGGAAGAGACGGAGGGACAGAUUGACAGACGGCUUGCUGAUUGCUGAGGGGAGUGGAGUCGAGUCCAGUGUAGUGUAUAUCAUCGGGAUGUUCUAAGUGUCUUCCUGCCUGUCCGUCUGUCUCUGUCGUUUUGAUCGGUCUUUUUCUACUGUAAGUAACCAUCGCUCUCGUGCGUGUGGCCACCCACCCACCACCCACCACCGCCAAUCUCACUUCUUGCAAGGAGUCAGUCGAAUUGCGCUCAGACGUUCGGAUGGACGUCAUUGAGGGGGGGGGAGAGGAGUAGCGUACUACCUGUUGCCUCCCUGCCUACCUGACUGCCUGCCUGUCGGAUGUCCACUCAUGUGUACGGCUGCCUGCCUGCCUGUCUGUGUGCCUGGUUCUUACUCCCACCUGAGGGUCUAUCUCAUUCAGCUACGCGUCACACUCGCGCGCCAUAGUCACUCACAGCCGGCCAGCCAGUGCAUACGAGUGUUUGUUGCUGAGCCACACACACACACACACACACACACUGAGGAGGAUUCCUUCCUGGGCGGUCUGUCUGUUGAGCGGUAGGGAGGGGCGGUGGGGAGGGAGGGUAUAGGUAGUGCGCUAUUUUUCUCAUGCCGUGAGCCAGUCAGUCGACUAAGUACUCAAUCAUACGGAUGGAUGGAUGGGCCAGUCACUGCAUACGCAUACGUACGACCUUCCCAGUUCAGUUGGAUGGGUUUGUGUGUGCAUACGAUGCGUAGAUGUUUUUUCAUAUCAGUCGGCCGGGCCGGCCAGCACACAGAGAGAGGAGUUUUCCCUCGGUUCUCCCAACGCAACUGCCUGCCUACAUCCAUCCAUCCAUCCAUGCAUAGAGACCUCUCCUGACUGUCCACUCACUCACCGAUACACACACACACACCCCUCUUCAGUAUACACACCUGACCUGCAUGCGUGUGGCUGAGUGUCCUAUUCUGAUGUGCUGCUGCCGGGCCGGCUACAUGUGUGUGUGUGUGUCCCCGCGUGUGUCUGCAUGUUUUCUUCAUACAAAGACAGCAACCAUCGCCAUCCAUCCACCAUUGCCCUAGUCCCUGAUCCAUCCAUCCACCCGCCACUCACUCUCCUACUCACUGACUCACUGCCCCCCAACAAAGUAUUAUUAUGCGCAUGAGAAUACGUACGCUGACUGACUGACUGACUGAAUGGCUGAAUGGCUGAAGGAAAGGCAGAGGAAAGACAAAACGAGAUGAGACGAAGCGAGGCAUUUACCCACUCACUGCCUACAUGUGCGACGUUUUCCAUCCACUGACUGCUACACACGCCACAUGCACCGCACCACCAUGCAGUAACUACACCGUACCGAACCACCACAACGCCGCGGCUAUCUGGCCACCUGCCUACCUACCUGUGUGUCCUGUCCGCCUGUCUGCCCACUUCUGUCUGUCUGCAUCUCUGGCUGCUGCUGUCGGCUGCUGGCUGUUGGCACGGGUGGGUCGAUGGUUGCGUUGUCUGUUCUUUUUCCGCCCUACUCUCUGCCCCCAUUGGUUGCUUUUGACUCCCUGCCUCCCACACACACACGUAGGUACCUUACAUACCCACACACACCCCCACACACGCACACACCUGUCAGUUUUUCCCUGUCCAAUUUUGACCUGACUGGCCCGCAAUCGGUCCCCUCUCUUUCCUCUCCCUGGCUGGCUGCACUCACUCUGCUGGCUGUCUGUCUGUCCAUCCCUUGAUGCUUUCGUGCAAAGGGUGUUUUGCCCAUCCAUCCCGCCCUCCUGGUUCGUACUCGUUCGGCCCUACUGUCGUCUACCUAUCUAGCUGCCUGUAGCUCUAGCUCUGUCUGCCACGGCUUCCCUGCCUGUCUCUCGCCCGCCUUCUUGUCGCUCUCUUUGUCUGUCGCCCGUCGGCCGGUCAUGGAUGAUAUGCACAAGCAUCCUGAAUUUUCUUUCCACACGGUGUGCUUGACAUACAGAGACAGACAGACAGACAGACGGACAGUGGGUGUGUGCAUGGGUGCCCAUCAGUCGCAUGUCGGUCGUCGGAUGGCGUCUUUUCUCAACCUCUCCCCGGCCCCGCCCCGCCCUGUUGAGGCUGCUGGUUCGCGUGCAUCUGGCUGGACACAGAGAGAGAUAGGGAGAGAUAGGUAGAGGAGACAGACAGACGAGUAGGCGUGUUGGUUGUAUUGGCGUAGGCGUCGUGUGUCCUUUGAUGUGAUUGAUGUAUGCUAUGGUGUGUGUGCUCGAAUGAGAGCAUGUCGCUGGGCGGGUGGCUGAGUCGAUGGGUGGAUGGAUGGAGAGACUGGUUGUCGGCAUCACUCCCUGGCUCUGGGCUCUUGCUGCUGCUGUUGCUGCCGGUGUUGCUGCUGUCGCUGCUCGUUGCUGCUGGUGCUGGUGCUGCUCGCUCUCUCUCGCCCUCUCUCUCGUGGACAGACAGACGGCAGGCAGACAGACAAACGGGCAGAUAGACAGACAGACGGGCAGGCAGGGAGGCAGGCCCUCAACAAGCAAACACGUGGCAAUGGAUUAUCGCAUGGUGUGGAUGGAUGAAAGACCAACACACACACAGACAAGUACAAGGACCACCGAGCCGUACGUAAUUAUCAAUUUGAUCCGUAUACAAACAA